AUGGCCCAACAGAUCAAAGUUCUUGUCACCGGAUCAGCCAAUGGAAAGCAUGCAGAACUUUUUGGCAAAAUCAAGACGUUGCACGAAAAGUACGGCCCAUUCGACGUCGUGUUGAGUACAGGCAACUUUUUCUCAGAGGAUCCCAACGCCGAUCUUGGCGAUCUCUUUGGCAACAAGAUUGACGUUCCCGUGAUUACAUACUUUAUUACUGGAGACCGUCCACUUCCUCCUACUGUCGCAUCUCAUAUUGAAGCCAAUGAUGGUGAAGUCUGUGCCAACUUGUAUCAUUUGGGAAAUCGUGGCAAGCUUCAGACUGCCAGCAAGCUCGAGAUUGCCUUUUUAUCCGGUGUUGAGGAAGGAGGUGAUGGUGUCAUGACAUUUACUCAAGCGGAUGAGGAAGCAUUACGCAACACACCUAUGCCAGCCAUGUCGAAUCCUGGUGUGGAUAUCUUGUUGACGCAUCAAUGGGCAGAAGGCAUCGAGAGAGCAAGCGACAAUUGCAAGGUUACACCUGCGCAUGCAUCAUCCGCUAUUGCACGCGUGACAGCUGCAUUGAAACCAAGAUACCAUUUCGCUGCCGCUGAGGGCAAGUUUAUGGAGCGUGAACCCUACAACAACAUUACUGGUUUUGGUCCUCCAGAUGAACGUGCUGCUGAACAUGUCACUCGCUUUGUGGGAUUGGGUGAUGCUCUUAAUGCGGACAAGCAAAGAUGGUUCUACGCAUUCAGUUUACAACCUUUGAAGCAAAUGGAUCCACAAGAAUUGAGCAACAAGCCAGCCAACACCACCGAGUGCCCAUUCUCUGAGAAGGCUGCUGCUAGUGCUGCUGCUGCUGGACAUAAGCGAUCAUUGGAUGCUGCUAACGAGGGUGGCAACUUUUUCUGGGGUGGUCAACAAGAGCAACCUACUAAGCGUCAAGCUCUACCAGGCAGCGAUGAAAAGUGCACAAAGUGUGGUGAACAAGGGCACCCUGCACAAUACUGUCCAACCAAGCUCCGUGAAGGUUAUAUUUGCAACAAGUGCAAGCAGCCUGGUCACUUUAUUCAAAUGUGUCCUUAUCGUAUGCCAAGUAUACCCGAUGGAUAUGUAUGCAACAUCUGCAAUGAGCCUGGCCAUUUGAAGCGAGAUUGUCCCAAGGGUAAAAGAGCACCUCCUACUGCUGAGGAAAUGGCUGAAAAGCUGAAAUCAUGCUGGUUUUGUCUCUCGAAUCCCGAUUUGGAAAAGCAUCUUAUUGUAUCCAUCGGCAGUGAAAUGUAUGCCACGCUUGCCAAGGGUCCAGUUACCUCAUCUUCCGAUGCCAACAGUAUCCCUGGUGGUGGUCACGUGUUGUUGAUCCCAAUCACGCAUUAUCCAACGCUACGCCAAAUUCCUGAUGAAGCACGACCCAAUGUGAUGAAUGAAAUCCAAAAGUACACGGAUGCCUUGAAAAGGUUCUAUGCUGAGCAUGGGCACGACAUGGUGGUGUUUGAAGUCUCUCGACAAUCCCUGCAUAACAUCGGGCAUGCUCAUCUCCAAAUUGUCCCGAUACCCCAUGAUAAGAGUGAUUUGCUCGAACAGACAAUCAGGGAUGAAGCUCAAAACCAAGGUGUCCAAUUCAUGGAGAGGCUACCGAAAAAUCCAGACGCCAAUUUCUUCAAAAUCGAUUUACCCAGUGGCAAGUCACUUGUACAUAUCAUUAGACCUCGAGAACGCUUCAACCUUCAAUUUGGUCGACUCGUUGUUGCGAAGUUGCUUGGACAUCCAGAGCGAGAGGAUUGGAAAACAUGUGCUCAAUCUCAACAAGAAGAACGGGAUGAUGCAAACGCAUUCAAAGAAGCCUUCAAGACUUUUGAUCCAUCCAUGUAA